AUGUCUCCGACAUCAUCGCCUUCAGGCACCAACGUGUCCUCGACCUCGUCGCUGCCUCGCAUCACCCCGUACUGCGUGGUAAACUUCGACUUCUGCCGCUAUGGAGACCAUGAGUUCAACGAGGUGCACCUUUUCGGUGAGGUGUGUACGUGCGCUUGGUUCGCCGCUGUCAGGGUCCUCAGGAAGACAGUUGCGGAUUGCACGGAGUGCUAA